AAACCAGCCGACGGGAGCUUUGAAAUAGCAGUCCAGCCUCCCAUCCUCCUGAACCUCCUAUAGAAGGCACUUUGAAAAAUCAUAAACCAGCCCACAUACCAGAACUCUUCCCAACCCUCUGCCUAUCUAUGCGAGACAAGAAGAAGCUUUACAUUCCAGUGUGAGAACUUAGCCCCGUGAUUUCCAAUUCUGCACAAGUCAUGACUCCAGCAAGAAGUCACCACACACUGAUUGGCACUACGCUUGGCUCUGUGCUCCUGUUUGGGUUCUUCCUUCCCUCCAGUCCUGCAGAUUCCACAUCAUACAGUCCAGAUCUAUUUGUUUUAGAAAGCAGAGAGAACCAUUUGUGCAUUUCGGUCAACAAAACCGGCUUAUUUCUGUCAAGCUGUGAGCCCUUUAAUAAUGAUACACUAUGGAAGUGGGGUACAGGACAGCGGCUGUACAACUUGGGACGCAGGAAGUGCCUUGGACUGGACCUCCAAUAUCCCGCAGAACCCCUAGCAAUGGUUGAAUGCGAUUCCGACCAGCACACCCUGAGCUGGCAGUGCAACAACGGCCUUCUGAUUGGUGUCAACAAUUACAAGCUUGCUGCUGUUGGAGAAAAAGUGAUUGCCAGCAAACAAUUAUUACAUAAAUGGAGAGGUUAUGGAUCUUUUCGUGACAAUUUAUGCGACUACAAUUUCCAAGAAAUCUUUACUCUUAAUGGGAAUUCCAGGGGAAAACCUUGUGUAUUUCCAUUUAAAUUCCAAAACAGCUGGUUCCAUGAAUGUACUACCAUUGGAAAAUCUGAAGGAAUGCAAUUUUGUGCCACCACUGUGUCCUUUGACAAGCACAAACUAUGGGGAUACUGUCCCACAUAUGGCGAUGGCUGUGGUUUGUUAUGGGAGGAAAACACUGUCACACAUUCUUGCUACCAAUUCAAUCUCGAGUCUUCUCUCUCCUGGAAUCAAGCCCGAGACUCUUGUCAAGCUCAAGGUGGAGAUCUGCUAAGCAUCACAAAUCUUGCUGAACAUGAGUAUAUUUCCAAGAGACUGGUUUAUACUGGAUUGUGUUAUGGACUGGGCUCAAUCAGCUGGAUACCACUUCUGGGUGGCAGUGGUCGGAUGGCUCCCCCUUUGCUUUUGUCAACUGGAGAUCAAGUAUUUGUGUGCUCAAAACUCAAAAAGCAAGCAAACAAAUUCAAGGGCACAAAUACAAACUUCGGCCAUUGCCCUGGAAAGAAGGGUCAACUGUUAGCUGGGAAUGUUUACAACUCCAUUGCUUCAUACAUUCAGAAAGAAACUUUAAAAAAAGUUUUUGCUUUAAAACCAGCCGACGGGAGCUUUGAAAUAGCAGUCCAGCCCUCCCAUCCUCCUGAACCUCCUAUAGAAGGCACUUUGAAAAAUCAUAAACCAGCCCACAUACCAGAACUCUUCCCAACCCUCUGCCUAUCUAUGCGAGACAAGAAGAAGCUUUACAUUCCAGUGUGA